AUGGGCUCAGCAGCACCUGCUCUCAUCGACGUUCUCAUCGUCGGCGGCGGACCAGCAGGCCUCGCAGUCGCCACCGGCCUCGCUCGACAACCCUACACGGCCGUCGUGUUCGAAUCGGGCGUAUACCGCAAUGCUCGAACGAACCACAUGCACAAUGUCGUGACCUGGGAUCAUCGAGAUCCAGCUGACUUCCGAGCCAAAGCCCGGGCCGAUCUGUGGGCGAGAUAUGAUACCAUUCGCAUUGAAGACGCAAAGAUUGAGAACAUACGAUGGAAUGGCGAUGGUCGGUUUGAGGCCAUUGAUGGCAAGGGCAAUGUCUGGACGGGCAAGAAGGUCGCGCUGGCGGUCGGGAUGGAGGAUGUAUACCCUGAUAUACCUGGGUAUGAUGAUGUUUGGGCGAGAGGAGUAUAUCAUUGCUUGUUUUGCGACGGUUAUGAAGACCGUGGAGUCGAAUCAGUGGGAAUCUUGGCCCUUGGCGUGUUGGGAAAGUUGCAGCCAGCCGUGCACACUGCUCGUAUGGCGAAGCGACUUACUAGCAGUGUGACGAUUUACACCGAUGGGGAUGCCGAGUUGGAGAGCCAGAUCCGGAAUGUCCUGGGUGAAGAUUCCGUUUUCGAGAUGGAUAAUCGUAAGGUCACUCGUCUGGAGAAAGUGAAGGGGAAAGCUUCAGAGGUUAUCGUGCAUGUCCAGGAUGGAUCAAAGGUGAUGCAUGGCUUCAUGGUGAUUGACCCGACAAGCAGGCUCACAGACCCAAGCCCAAGAUCAAUGGAGCUCGCAGACACGGCAGUCAUCAAGACCAGCAGUCCGUGGUAUGAGACUAGUGUUCCUGGUGUGUUUGCUGUCGGGGAUUGUGCUUCGCCUGUGCCUGCUGUUCCUAAUGCUAUGAGCAUGGGUGCUUUUGCGGCGGCUGGUUUGGCGAGGCAGUUGGGUGCGGAGUGA